UAAUGUUGAUGCCGGCCUUCGUCUUCAACAGCAUCCCCAAUAUUCAAGUGAUAAAUAAAAUUUUUAAUCAUUUUUGCUUAUCCCUUGUCACCGAUUUCUCAUAUAUACAAAACACAAGUUGUCUCCUUGAAUAAUUCACAAUAUUUUAUUCUUUCAAUCAAAUAAAAUACGUCUAUAGAAAUUUUUAACUAAGCUUUAGAGAAUUUGUUGUGUUCGGUGAAAAUGACGCCUCCUUUAGGCCUAUUCGAUUAUAGCUUUAGAGGUUAUGUGAGUUGUUGACUUUUUUAUUAAGUGUAAAAUUUGAGACAAAAAGAAAAGUUUAAAUAAUGGGUCAGGGUACAGAAUCGUGCACUGAUAGACCCAGUGAGGUUAGUGUUAUCAGAUUCGUGUCUAGGAAUCGUACCAUUGAAGAAAUUGUUCCAAAAAAGGUAUUUGUACUUCAUAAUGAUUGCAGUUGGCUUGCUGUAGUACAUACACAUCUCCAUCUUUUCCUGGAUAAAAAUGAAGUUUACGAAUGUAAGCAACGUGGAUGUGGAAAGAUUUUUACAAAUCAAGAUGAAUACAAGACACAUGAAAUUUUGGAAGCACUCAAAAUUCGAUUUAUAUGCCGUGAACCUGGAUGUGGUGAAGAAGUAUCAGAUCCAGGAAGUAUGUGGCGUCAUUAUCAAGAGUGUCAUAAUGAAACAAACGUCUUCGUUUGUCCAUACACUUCUUGUUCCUCCACUUAUGUGACUAGUGAAAGUCUUGCCGAGCAUAUUGAAACUUGUCAUAGACAACCGCCAACACUUCCCACUGAACCAGAAAUUAUUUGUUUUGUCGAAGGUUCCGAGAAUGCACACGAGGAUGAUAUUAGUCAAUGCAAUGAAGAGGGAUAUUUUGAGACUGAUAUAGACAGACAUUAUCAAAAUGCAGAAACAAUAGUUUCUGGUGGUAUCAACUAUUGUCUUUCUGUAAAGAACGAACAAUCGAAACAAGAACGAAAAAUAACGACAAAAGCUCAACAAAAAGAAGAUUAUAGUCUUGAAGCACAAAAGUUAAAAGACAAAAAUCAUUUGCCUAAUCACUGUAGAAUUUAUGCUAAACUUCCAAAGAAUGAGGAUCUUUUAAUAACAAAAGAGAAUUUCCUCAUGAAAUAUGAAGCGAGAACGUCAAAAUGUAAUGAUAAUUUUCAGAAUCAAGUUAGUGUUGUCUUCGUCAAUGAUGAUGUUACCAUGACGAAAAAUAUGAAUUCAACAAAACAAAUUUCUUCUCCAAGUAAUAAUCAAAUUAUAGAUAUGGAAAAUUUGGAUAGAAUACUUUUCAGUAGUUUGGAUUGUCAAAAUAUGAAAUUGGAAGAUGUAGCAAUUAAUCAAGGUACAAAUUGUUCCGACGAUGAGGAGUACACUCCAAAAAAGCAAAGAAUGUCAAGAUAUAAAAAAGAAACCUAUAGAUGUGAAGUUGAAAGUUGUGAUGCAAGGUUUUAGGUUGUGAAUUAAAGUUAAAAUGUCUUCGUCGAUGUUAUAAAAAUAACCAUUUAUGAGUUAUAUUCAUAAUUCAUUUAUCGGUGAAGUUUAAAAAUUUGCAAAACAAAAUAUUCUUUUCUGCAGUUAAAUUCUGCGUGAAGAAAUAAUUUCAAUGAAAAACUGUAAGACUGAAUUAAAAUCUAAGCACAUAUAAAUAUGUUGAUGAGGAUCAUGAACAUUCGUCUCUGCUGAAAUUGAUUAUCAUCUAAUCAAAGUUCAUAGUAAUGUAUCUAAUCCAAGAAUUACUUGAAAUAGAAUUGUAGUCUUUAGUAUAUUGAAAUUAAGUCAUUUAAAAGUAUAUAGUAGAAUUAAGUGCAAGGGAAGUAAGGUAAAGUAUAAUUCUUUAUAUUAACUAUAUAAUGGAAAAAGAAAAUGAUGUAUGUGAUAAACAUACUCAAUUUCUAAAUAGUUAAUAUACAUAAAUAUUAAAUAUUUCAAAAAUGGUGACUAUAUGAUUAAGAAUUUAGUCAACUACCACAAAAGAAACAUAAAUACUCAGAUACAUUUAAAAACUUUAGAAUUAAACAUAGUCUAGUCAAGAAUUUUCUACUUGUCAUUAAAAUUUAACGAUAGCGCAAAGAGGCAAAAGAACAGUAAGUAAUGCUUUGACUUAAAAGAAUAAUUAUAAAUAAUUAUGUUAAAAAUCUAUUCAGUAUAAAAGAAAAUUGCGAAAAUGUAAAAUGAAAUUUUUAUAGGAUAAAAAUUCUGUUUGUGCCCAAAGAACCAGUAGUAAAUGUCAAGAUUUUUAGUUUCCCUCUCUUGGGGCGGAACUUAUUGAAACUUUAUCUACACUAUUAAUUAAUUUCUUAAUUUUAAAAUCAAAAUUGUUUUUAUUUAGCGCCGGAAUAUUUUAUCCAAAAGAUUUAUUUUAUAUUUUAACAAUUGUCUAGCUAAUUCAGAAUAUACUAUUAGGAAAAUUCCUAAUAGUCUGAAGAUCGUGGAGAGUUAGGAGAAAAACACAUUAUACACACCUUCACUGAAUUUAAAUUCACACAAUUUUAUAUAUAGUCUUCUUAUCAAUAGUCUGAAGAUCGUGGAGAGUAAGGAGAAAAACACAUUAUACACACCUUCACUGAAUUUAAAUUCACCAAAUUUUAUUUAAUUACUAUUUAGAUUGAUUUAGUUAUAAUCAGACAAUUAAAUUAUUUGACUGAAGCAUCGUCCAGACAUCACUGUUUUUUUUUACCUUCUGUUGAGAUUUUAUUUUAAGAAUAUCCGUAUGUACUUAUUAAUUUACUCCAGGAAUAUUGGAUAUAUAAAAUUCAGGUUAAUGCAGGUUACUUUUAGACUAUUUUAUUCAGAAGCGUAAAAAAAUGAAGUUUUUAAAGGAAACAAGAGUUUGAUAAAUAUUCUAAGCUAGGAAGAGAAAAUCGAACUGUAUGUCUAGUAUUCUGAGAAUUAGUAAACUUUCAGCUGAAGAUUUGAGAUGUUAUUACUUUGACGUUGUUUUAGAGUUCUAGGAAGUAAAAUAAAAAGAAUAAUAUUUAAAAAUUGAAGAAAAUAACUUAAAAAUUUUUAUGUAUCUGUAAUUUUACAAGUUUUUAAUUUGUAUUCCGCAUUAUUAAAAUUUACCGUAAUAUUAGAUAUUACUAUUUUAUUAUUAAAACUUUAUAGUAACUAAUCAGGUGUACUAAAAAGAAGUAAAAGAUUUAUUUUAAAAAAUGAAAUCAUUUUUAAAAAACAAUAUUACAAAUAUUUUAAUAUAUUUUUUACUUCUAUCAUAAAUAUAAAUAUUUGCUUAUAAAUAUUAUUGAUGUACUCAAGAAAUAUUUUUACUUUCUUAUCAUGAAAUAGACUAAAGAAAUAGGAGGUCAUAGUCUAUCAAUCAUCAAAUUUACUGGAUUUUUUUUUUUUGGCUAAAAAUUUUAAAAUGAAGUCGACUCUGAAAUGCCGUCCACGAGAAAUAUACUUCUUUUAAUGCAAACUGAUUUACACAACACGAGUGGAAUGUAGGCCUAAAAAAGGCUAAACAUUUGUUCACACAAAAUUAAAAUUUGACCCUCAUUCUUUAUAUACAGAUAAUUUAUUAAUGGUUCAAUAGGCACCAGUGGAUAAUUAUGUUUAGUAAAAUUUAACAAGAGUCAGAAACAUUUAUGAGAAAAAUACUUUUUUUUAAUUCAUAAAGUAGUCAAAGUUACACUUCCUGUUUUUUUGCAUUUUUUCCUCAUAAUAUUCAUUGGAGAGUUGUAGAGAACGAAAUUAUAUUAUUGUAUAAACAAAUUUCGCAGUAUUCAUCCAUAAUGUGAAUUCGAGAGUGUAUAAAAUUUCAUAUUCCAAAAAAUUAAAACUGUUGUAAUGGAAAAUGUAAAAGUGUGUACACGGAGAAAAUUUGUUCCUUACAUUUUACCGAAUUUUUCAAUAAACUUGGGAUA